GGCUGGUAAACAAAGAACAGAGGGAGAACCUCGCGCAUGCGCCCUGCUUGUUUGUUGUUGUCGCUGUCUGUCACUGAGAUGCUGAGGCUCUCAGAUGGAGGCAGUGUGUAAGCAGCUCCAUGGAGGUGAUGAUGAUGAUGAUGGUGGUGAUGAUGAGAAGGAGGGGAAGCAGUCAGGAGCAGAUGAAGCCAUGCUGUGGUCCAUCCAGGAGGCUCUGGAGAGGCAGACCCUGCAGAUAGGGGCAUCAGCAUGCGGGGCCACGGCGGUGGUGGAUGUGCUGAAGGCCCUCGGCGUGGACGUGGUCCCUGAAGAGGCAGACCGCUGCGUGCAAACACGCCUGAGGAGGAACGAGUCACCGCUGCCGGACUACCUGCUGUCCCGCAGUGAAGCUGGUGCGACUCACGCUCAGCUCAUCCAAGGAGCAGAGGAGGCCAGUAAGGGGAAAGUAAUGGGUCGCUUCUUCCACUUCCACCCUCGGCGGCUGGUCAGACUGGUCCCCUGGCUCGCACGUUGGAUCCAAAGCGGCGCCGUACCCGUGGCAACCAUGAACAUGCAGCUGGCCGUGCCCGAAGGAGAGGAGGUGCCUGACGCCUGGCACCAUCAGCUCAUAUUCGGCGUUGCACCAAAUGCUGUUUUCAUGACCAAUCCUUUAGAUGUAGUGAGCGAGGAAGAGUUGCACCAGAGACUCUGCAGCGAAUCUGUGCUGCUGAUUCGUCGAGAAGACGUCCUGCAGAGACUGGCGCCAGAUUGCUGUCUGUCCAGUUUAUCCGAGCCGCGCUGGAAGUCCCUGGAUGUCGAGGGUCAAGUGAGGCAGAUGCGCCAAGAAGAGGAAGAAGAUGGAGCUAAGUUAACACACAUCACGAUCCCCGCAGCGUACAGUUCAGGCAUCACACUCUUCGCCCUACGACAGUCAGAGUUGGGACAAGAGCUCCUCAACGCUCCUGAACUCCCGUUGUUGAUCUGCUGAUAUCCCCCCUGCUGGAGUGUCCUGGAAGAGAUGUAAACAAAACGGUGAUCAACAAAAUAUCACGUGAUAAACUGCAGGUUGAACCGCAUAAACAUUCACACAGUACAAGAAUAAAUACUAAGGGAAUAUAAAAUUAUGUAUUGACAAGAAACAAAACCACAGAAAUCAUUUUUCAAUGAGGCUGCAAAAAUAGCUUCAAUACCUUCACCAACACUGUCAUCCAUGUACAUUUCUAUCACGGUUUCAUGUCAGUUAAUUACUUAAAUAAAGCAUUUUCAAACAAUGA